AGAAAAGAAAAAUUCUAACAUCAAGCCACCAAAGUGAAGCGAGAAGCAAUCACCUCCACUCUCACGCCACACCGGAAAAAGAAAAAGCCUCCUCCUCUAUGGCGCUAGCAUUACCAACUCGGCAAAGACGAGGAGCAGCGUCUGAUCUCCCAUCGCCGUCCUCCUCGCCAUCAAAACCUUACGAAAAGGAAGACAAACGAAAGCGAUCAGAGGAAGGGCAAGAACAUAAAGCAAUAGGAUGGUUCUUACCCUUACUCGCUUUAGGAAUGUUGCGCUACUUGAGUGCUACAUCAAAUAUCAUUCAUGAUUGUGAUGAGGUUUUCAAUUAUUGGGAGCCUCUUCAUUUUCUGCUCUAUAAAUCUGGUUUCCAAACCUGGGAAUACAGUUCUCAGUUUGCGCUGAGGUCGUAUUUAUACAUUAAUUUCCAUGAAUUAGUCGGAUUACCAGCUUCCUGGUUGUUUCCUGAUGACAAAGUGAGAGUGUUCUAUGCAGUAAGGUUUUUUCUAGGUUUCGUGUCAGUUAUUGCUGAUGCUACGCUAGUAGUAGCACUUUCAAGGAAGUAUGGUAAACGACUUGCUUCCUAUGCGCUCGCCAUGUUAUGUUUAACCAGUGGUUGUUUCUUUGCUAGCACGAGUUUCUUGCCGAGUUCGUUUUCUAUGUAUGCCAUGAGUCUUUCGUCGGGAUUAUUUUUACUUGGGAAACCUGCUUUUGCUGUUGCCGUUGCAGCAGUUGGAGUAAUUCUUGGCUGGCCGUUCUCAAUUUUGGCUUUCAUGCCGAUUACAAUUUACUCUUUGGCAAGAAGAUUUAAACAAACAUUUUUAGCUGGGGCAGUCACUUCGCUUGUUCUUCUUGUGCUCUCGGUGCUUGUUGACUAUUACUACUACAAACGGUGGACAUCAUCUGUUUUUAAUCUCAUAGUAUAUAAUGUCCUAGGAGGUGGUGAGAGCCACUUAUAUGGGAUUGAAAGCCCUUUAUUUUAUCUGAGGAAUGGAUUUAACAAUUUCAACUUCUGUUUCAUCCUGGGUUUACUCUUCCUUGCAUUUCUACCCAUUGCAAGGAGAAAGUAUGCUCCAGACCUGCUAAUUGUGGUUUCACCUCUUUAUAUAUGGCUGGUGCUCAUGUCUUUGCAACCACACAAAGAAGAAAGGUUCCUUUAUCCAAUAUACCCUCUUGUCUGUGUUGCUGCUUCAGCUGUCAUUGAGAGCUUUCCUGAUCUUUUCCGAGACAAAUAUAAUCCCCAUGACAAUUCCUGGCCAGUUGUGAUAGCUAAAUUUGUCAGGCCUUUGGUUCUCGGCCUAAUAUUAUCUGCAUCCCAUGCUCGUACAUUUUCGUUGAUUAAUGGUUAUGGUGCUCCUUUGGAGGCUUACAAGAUUUUGGAGCACUAUGAUGAUGUAGAAACAGGUUCUACUCUUUGUGUCGGAAGUGAAUGGCAUCGCUUUCCUUCAUCAUUUUUUGUUCCUGAAUACAUCAGUGAAGUUCGGUGGAUUGAUGAUGGAUUCCGAGGUCUUCUUCCAUUACCAUUCAAUUCUACCCUCGGUGGGACUGCAGCAGCACCUCCUUAUUUUAACAAUAAGAACAAGGCAUCAGAUGAGCAAUUUAUCAGAGAUAUUGAAGCUUGUACUUUCCUAGUUGAGCUGCAGCUUAAUCGACCUUACCCUACUCGUGGAAGUGACUUGUCAACAUGGGAGCCAAUUGCAGCAUUGCCCUAUCUAGACAGGGAGUUCUCACCUUCCAUGUACCGGUCCUUUUUCAUCCCGUAUCUGUGGCAAGAGAAGAAUGUUUUUGGAAUGUACAAGUUGUUCAAAAGAGUAUCAAAAUGACAUUAAUGUGAGCUUGAGCUCAAAUUCCUGUCCCCUGAGCUCCGAAUUUUGCAGCCAAGUAGCUGUUCAUAGCUUGACUUGACCUCCGGAUCUGAAAAGAAAAGAAAAACUUGCAAUUGAAAACUGGAGAUGAAAAUGUAGUCGCUGAUCUCAGCAGAUGUUUUUUCUUCUAAUUCCAUGCAAAGUUUAACCUGA